GUCUAGUAUAGUUUGACCGGUCAAGUAAUUUACACCAUCAUUUUUGGCGCUGACCGUGGGACCGUUAAGGUUUUUUUUUCUCUUAAAUACAGACCUACCCACAAAAACACCACUCAAAAUGUCUUCCAGCCAGCAAAUCAACGUUACUUCUGCUCAGGUGCAAGCCACCACGGGAGGUACCAGCAUCCCCAUGGUUGCUACCUUGCCAGCCGUUUCAACUCCGGUUUUGCCGUUGGGACUAAGCUCGGUCCCAACACCCAGCAUGGUCAGCCCAUUCACGGCCCCCGUCCCUUCCGCUGGGCCAAGGGUCACCUUUCCACCAAGCAUGACCCAGUUCAUGAAUGACCCAGCCAACUUGCAAGCCAUCCAGGGCUUUGGCCAGGUCAUGGCUAUGUGCCAACAGAAUGGGGGGAUGCCUUUCCUCCCUAGUAUGUUCCUGUUCGCUCUCCCAAGCGCGGGAACCAUGCCCCUACAAGCUCCAAUGGCGGUGUCUCCCUUCCAAACACCAGCACCGCAACCAUCACCUUUUCAGCUGCAGCUAGUCAGCGCUGUGGCCCCCGUCAACUUGGCAGGCGCGCUUAACGCCGCAGGGCCAUCGCGUCCCCCGCAAGGCGAGAUGAGGGAGGCCGAGCCUGCCCGCACCCAACGCUCCCGGUCAAACCGGCAAGAGCCAGCCAGGACGAGGGCCUCUCGCCAGGAGGAAGAGGCAGAAAGCCAACCCAGGGUACCGGUGGCUAACCGGUUAACCACCCCUAAUGAUCGCGUCCAACAGAUGGAGGCAAAGCUGGAGAGGCUGGAGAAGAAGGUUGGAGAGAAGAAUGACCGGGACAAACCUCUCGCAGGGUCCCCGUUCACUACAAGGGUCCAUCUGACACCUUUCCCACGAAAGGUCAAGAUAGACGCCCCAAGGUUUACCGGAAGCAUUGACUCAUUCAGUGACUUGGCCUCAAAAUUCAAGGCCAAGUUUCAGGAGAACUGUACUAAGAGGAAGAAAUUCACCUAUCUUAGUACAGCCGGGCAGAGGGAAUCUGAGAACCUCACCCAAUUCCUUACCCGGUGGAAGGAAGAGGUAGACAAGGUGGAAGAGAUGGAUGACAAAACCGUCUUGUCCCUUCUUUUGAAUGGCUUACGUGCUGGGGAACUAUACAAGGAGUUCUGCCGAAAACCCCCGGCCACGUAUCAGGAGGCCUACCACACUGCAUGGGAGUUUGCUGAGGCUGAAACUCAACUCCGGGCGAAGAAAGAAGCUGAGCAUGGUUAUAAGCCCAAGCCGGUGCAAGUCAAGAAGGAAGAAGCUCCGGUAACCAGCCGGCCAAGGCACCAUUACGACCCGGUCGUCCGCAUGGUCAACACAGAAGAGUGCCAGGAGGUAAGGAAAGCACCGGCUCCCUACCCGGUCAACCCUCCGGAAAAUCCUACCGGUCAAGUAAGACGGCAGUGGUCGGGCACCUAUUGUUCGUACCACAGGUCAGAUUCCCAUAACACUUCCGAAUGCAAGAGUGUUAAGGGAGUGAUCCGGCAGAUGAUAGACAGCGGGGAACUGGGCAAGGAUUACCUGCAGAAAGCCCAGGAGAAGAACCACCAAUGGGUAAGGCCAGCAACCCAGGGAAAUGACCGGGACAAUGACCGGCGGCGGAACAACCGGCAGAGGGAGCAACAGCCUGCCCCUGACAAAGAACAUAUUGGGAUGAUCUUUGGCGGACCCGAAGGGGGAGAUUCGGCCGCGCAACGGAAAAACUGGGUUCGCAGCAUUUACGUUGGGGAGGUGAAUGCUGAACCAGCCAGGCGUAAGUAUCCCAGGAGGGAGCCAAUAGUCUUCACUGACCGGGACCUCCCUCCUACCGGUGAAGAUCACAAUGACCCAUUGGUCAUUACCAUGGACAUCAACGGGGUGGACGUCGCCCGGGUACUUGUUGACACCGGCAGCAGUGUCAACAUCCUCUACCUAGAGACCUUCCAAAAACUCAGGUUGUGUCGGACACAACUUGAACCCCUCAAAACUCCUCUCUCAGGCUUCACGGGAGAUACGGUGGAAGCUGAAGGGUCCAUAGUUCUACCGGUCGAACUAGGAUCGGGCGAAAAGACCGUGUGGAAGAAGAUGAGGUUCAUCGUUGUGGACAUCAAAUGCGUCCACAACGCCAUCCUUGGAAGGCCUGGCAUCAACAAGGUCGGGGCGGUGAUUUCCAUGCCUCACCUGUGCAUGAGGUUCCACACUCCAAGCGGUGUGGGAGAAGUGAGAGGCGACCAGAGGAAUGCCCGGGAGUGCUAUGCCCGAGCGGUCAAAAAGAUGACCAAGGGAGUCAACGUCAUCUCCCAGGAAAUCACCAAGGGAGAAACCCGGGAGAAACUGGAGCCUGAAACUGAGACGGUGGAGAUUGAACUUCACCCGGGUGAUUCAUCAAGGAUGGUCAGAAUUGGAGCAAACCUCCCAGAAGAUCUCAAGGCAGAGAUUACACGGGUGCUCCAAGAGUACGCAGGCAUAUUUGCAUGGAGCGUGGCAGAUAUGCCCGGAAUUGACCGCUCAAUCAUCUGUCACCAGUUGGCAGUGAGGGAGGAAAGUCGACCGGUACGCCAGAAGAAAAGGUACCUGGCCAGUGAUCGGCGAGACUUCGUCAAGAAGGAGGUGAAGGACCUCCUUGGUGUGGGUCACAUUCGGGAAGUCAAAAUACCCGGAUUGGCUGGCCAAUGUAGUCCUUGCUCCCAAAGGUGACACAUGGAGAAUGUGUGUGGACUACACGGACUUGAACAAAGCAUGUCCGAUGGA